AUGUCUGACGGCAAGCAUCUCUGCUUCAGCGGUGCCUGCGUAGAAUCAGACGAGGAGAAGAUGUCGACGAAUGGCUAUGGUCAUGGAAUGGCUCGUGCAGCUUCACAUGCAGGGUCAUGGUAUUCCAGUAACCCCAAAGAACUGGAUCGUCAAAUCAGUCGAUGGCUAGAUGCCGCUGGCGAUCGUGUGGGUAUAGCAAGAGCAAUAGUUUCACCGUAUGUUUUACAUUUUUUGUAUCACUCUGUAACUACUCUUUGUAUGACAGGCGAAAUGUAG